GCCGCUCUUAUGAAAACCUCGACAGAUUUUAUAUCUAAAUCUAAAAGAGAAAAAUGCUGGAAAUCACGUGAUGCCUUUUGGGAAUGUGUUACUGAUGUAAUCGCAAAAAAUUCAGAACCUGAUGACAAGUUGGUAAGAAAACAAUGUAACAAACAAAGAAAACUUUACGAAGAAAUGUGUCCACGAAUAUGGGUCGAGUUUUUCGAUAAGAAGAAAGAUUUUGAAUUUUUCAAGGCCAAGAAAUUUGAGAAGGAGUUGUUACAUAGCUCGAGUUCACAGAGUAUUUUGGAGACUUUAUCACUAAACAACACGAAUUGCAAAACCAUUGAGAAAUGAGGAAUGCCAUCCAAUCCAAAUAUUAAACGUCAGAAAUUCCUACUCACUUCUUCCGAUGGUAUCCAGUUAAAACUUUUGGUUUGGAGCAAGUCGAGCAACACUCAUCUAAUGAUUCUAAAUAUGAUGAUUGACGUAUUCAUAUCUCCCACCUUGUAUCAUACAAUCAUUACUAAAUAUUAUCAGUGUACAGCUCUCUCUUAGAACGAACUAAUCAAGCUUCGUCACUGAACUCAACACCACGUAUUACACUGUUUGUGCAGUCUCAGUUACCCAAAGUCCCUCCGUAUAAUGUUAGAAAGAAUUCAUUACACGCGCUGUAUGAGAAUAAAUGUAUUUCUUAUGUUAAUAUAUAACUGUAAUAAAAAUGAAAUGUUUGCAAAAAAUACUGGAUCAUCAAAGAGAAAAUAAUAAGUAUUAUCUGUAUUUAGUAUUGAGUGAAUAAAGUCCAGUUUCGUUUUCGUUAACUGGUUUCUGUUUGUUCUGAUAAUUCUUUAUACAAGGCUACAGUGAAUAUUGUUAGAAGAGAGGGAAGGGCAUGAAUUUUUACAAGAUGAAUUGGUAGUUGGCAGUAAUUUGUGUUGCAAUCUGUUUCUUGUUGCUGUCGUCUUCAUUAAAACCACAGCCACGAAUACCAGAGAAUUCUGUUCAUAAAAGCACUUUUUAAGAUAAUUUUGAAUCAUAUACACAUACAUAGUACACGUCCUGUAUUGAUGUUAUUGUUUGAACAUGUAAUUGAAAUAAAGUUAACAAUGAAUUAAAAGAUAAAAUUUAUUUUUAAGGAAAAGAAGCACACAAUCCAUGGUUUACUCUACGGAUAAAACCAUCACAAAUUUUCCACAGUUCUGUUAGUAAUUCUAAAUCCAUUAAAUUCUACUGUUGUUUUGUUUCCCA